CAAGUGAUGAAUCUUGAAACUUGGAACGAUGAGUGGAUGAUGGCGGGCCCAAAUCCGGUUUUGUAAGUUGUGCUUUGUCGCCCUUCCAUUCAGCGCGGGCUGCUGCUGCCCGGUCAGCCUUUCUCUAUGAAACACAAAAGACCCCCAUCGCCUUUCUCUGGAACAAAAACGGGGCUGAACAUGACCACACAUCACUGUUCAUUCACCGGAGUCCCAAAAGUUACUUUUUGUUGGAUUGUUGCUCGUCUUAUCAAACCCCCCCAGAAACGUCCACUUUUUCACUUUGUCGCCCGGGAUCAGAGGGACGAGGAUUUUGGGAUGGACAGGUUGCCGUGGAAACGUGCUCUUAUCCCACCAUUGAGCUGAUGGGCAGAAAACAAACUGUCAACCCUGCGCUGUGGAAGAACUUCUCCCAACAGAGCAUCUGACAACCUUUGAAUGUUUCCGGAGGUUUUGUGUACAUCUUUGUGGUGUUACAGCUGAAUCAUUGAGAUGUCUGCGACCAAACCACCACGUGAGGAGUUUCCGGAAUCUGAUCCAGAGGACACAUCCGAGGAGCUGACUGAGGUUGUGUGUCUGGAGUCGGACCUGCAGGAUGGACAGAUGAUGGAGGUUGAAGUAGGACAACACAGCGUGCUGUUGAGCCGCACCGAGGGCGAGUACAGUGCCAUCGGUAACCAGUGUACGCACUAUGGAGCUCCUCUCAGCCAAGGGGUUAUUUCAGGCAACACAGUGCGUUGCCCGUGGCAUGGCGCCUGUUUUAACAUUCAUACAGGAGAUCUGGAGGAGUAUCCCGGCAUGGACUGCUUGCCGUGCCACAAGGUCAAAAUUCAAAACAACAAAGUUUACGUGUCUGUAAACAAAAAAACUCUGAAGCAGGAAAAAAGAGUAAAGCGUAUGGGAGCUGCGGUAGCAGGAGUUACUCACACUGUUCUGCUGCUGGGAGGAGGAGCCGCGUCGCUGAUCUGUGCUGAGACUCUGCGGCAGGAGAACUUUGGCGGAAGGAUCAUUAUGGUCACCAGAGACGACCUUUUACCUUAUGACAAAACACGACUCAGCAAGGUGAUGAAUGUGGAGAACGACAGUAUUCUUCUCAGAAGGUCGGAGUUCUUCUAUCAGCACGACAUCGAGGUUUGGCUCCGGAAAGAAGCCGUGUCAGUGGACACAGACAUGAAGACAGUUGCAUUUGAAGACGGCUCAGUUCAGAGCUAUGACCAUCUUCUCAUCUCAACAGGGUGCAGGGCGAAGGGUCUGGAUGUCCCCGGCACCAAACUGGACAACGUGAGGAUGCUGGAGACUCCGGAGGACGCUCGGCACAUCCACACAGCCUGCCUGGGCUCCGACGUCGUCCUCGUGGGAACCUCUUUUGUCGGUAUGGAGGUGGCAUCUUAUUUGGUAGACAAAGCCUCCAGUGUCACAGUGAUCGGCAGCAGUGAGCUGCCGUACCAGAACACACUGGGUCGUGAAAUUGGAAAAGUCAGCAUGAUGAUGCUGACAGAACAAAACGUGAAAUUCUACAUGAAUGAAAACGUCACGGAGAUCAAAGGUGUGGAUGGCAAGGUGAAGGAGGUUGUGCUUAAAAGUGGGAAGGUUAUUCCAGCAGAUGUUUUGAUUGUUGGUAUUGGCAUCAAACCAAACUCUGAGUUCCUGAGGGGCAGCAAGAUCCUGACGGACUCAAAAAACUUCGUACCAGUCGACAGGUACAUGCGCACCAACGUCCCCGGUGUGUUCUGUGGGGGCGACCUGGCCACCUUCCCUCUGGCCAUGGCCAAGAACCGACCGGUCAACAUCGGACACUGGCAGAUGGCACAAGCACACGGGAGGAUAGCAGCUCUGAACAUGCUGGAUAAACAGAUUGAACUCAGCUCAGUCCCUUUCUACUGGACCGUCCUCCUGGGUAAAACCAUCCGAUACACAGGCUUUGGGGAGGGAUACACUGACAUUGUAAUGAAAGGAGCGCUGGAGGACAGGAAGUUCCUGGCAUUGUACAUCAAGAAUGACGAGGUCGUAGCGGCGGCCAGCCUGAACUACGACCCCGCGGCGUCUGCAGUGGCUGAGAGGUUCGCAGCGGGAAAAGUCAUCACCAAAAAAGAGGCUGAGUACGCGAAAACUUUCUGUUCUUCUUUCUCUUCUCGUAUGGACCUCCAACGGCGUUUCAGCUUUCCCGAGUUGCCCCAAAAAACCCCACAGGUCAACACGAGAGGAACCGACCAGGGUAAUGACGCAUGUGAUGGCAGCUUCUCUCUCCCUCGCUUUCCUCUCAGAUCAGAUGACCUGAGCUGGCUGCAGUUGUCCAAAACCAGACUUCCCUCCAGUCUUCUGCUCGACACGUCCGCGGUACGGCGUUGACCUCCGUCUCUCUGUCCCCACCUCUCUCACCGAGGCCGGAGAGCUUGGAGACCCGGAUUACAGCGUUUGACUCAGAGGAGACGGACUUCACGCGAUCCACAGUGAAGUUUACAUUCACACUCUUAGGUUCAGACGGAGCGUCACGGACUGUGCGUUCCGCCGCGCAAACAACAGAUACCUCAGACAAAUGCAGCUAUUGGGGCUUCUUUUAUAAUCUUGAUGUUUUUUUCUUCUAUUAUUUCAUGAGAGUUGUUUAUUUUAUUUCAUGGCUUCGUGUCUCAUGGGGGUAUUCCAGCGACAGUCCAGAGACACCACAGUUCAGAUGCUGCAGUGUGUCUUUAAUAGGCGGUGUUUGAUGCUCGGUGGGGGGGGGCUAGCUGGAAACAACCCAAGUGGCCUUAAAGCCCACUGCGGCCAUGCACGUGGUCCGUCGGUGAGUCGCGGGGGGGGGGGGAUUAUGAGGACAGAGGGUUAGUGCUCAGCUCUUUGAAGCAGAGAUGCUGAAAUAGGCAACGAUAACAAAAAACCAACAGGGAACAAAAGGCCGUCGACAAACAGCACACAACUGCAGUGUGACAAAACCUUCACAAAAGAAAUGCUGUGUUUUUGUCUGUUAAAAAAGACACCCCUCCCCCCCUCCUCCCCCAUGUAUUUGUGCUGGUCUAUCUCCAUCUUUACUUCACACAUGCAUGUUUACAUGCAUUCCUUCCUGUCAGCUGCACGCCUCCGUUCACCUGCUGCAGACUUCUCAAGCCCACAACUGAAGGCUCGUAUUUUGAGUCAUUUAUAAGUCAUGGAUUCCUCCAGUAGUUGUUUUCUCAGCGUUUACGUCGUUUACGUCAUAAUAUAACACGUGUCCUGAAUUAAAUAACAAAUUUAAGUUCUUCAACACAAAUGAAUAAAAAAAACAACGUUCAUAUAUUAAGAUUGUCUCACGUAUAAAUCGUCAUAUCUAUUCCAGUCCUGAAGUGAAAUGUGCUGAAUAAGAGUCCUCUUGAUUGUUACCAAUGCAACGUGAACCCUGCAGGGAUGUAAUUGUUAUUCAAACUGUGUCUAUUUCGUUUCAAUUUGUUCAAUGAGUAAAAUCUUUUUGCAUUUAUUAACUUAUCAGUGUUCGAGAAUAUGAUUCACUCAGAGGACAGAGGUUUUUUCUGCCAUCUAUCGCCCAGCAGAGGAAGUGUUUCUAAGCAUCGUUUAACUGUAUAAGUAUAUAGUAGCAGGACAUAAGUAGAAUGCGCGAAGGGUACGACCAUGGCUGUAUUUAGUGCACAUUUAAUCACUGGUAGAGCAGGUCAACAAAUGUGCGUAACACACACACGCCUGAUUUCUCUUCAGUGCAGAAGAAAUCUUCACUCUGUGGCUCAUUGCUGCUAAAUCAUGUCAAUACAAUAAAGCCUGAAAUGAAACACGU